AUGGUUGCCCAUUCUUAUCCAAAUUCUCCAAAUUUGUCUUCCAGUCACUCCCGGCGAUAUUCCUACAACGUUGACAACGAUAGCUACAAUAACCCUAACAUUGACUUCACAGAACGGUUUGGAAAUGAAGGGGAUAUAGACUACCAUCAGUUGUUAUACAAUAACAACUUAAACAUUUACCAUUCAACGUCACUUAACCGUGAACUCGAAGGUAUCAACCUUCUAGCCUCAAGAUCUAGCACAAGUUACAUUGAAAGCGCAAUAAAACCAAACGUGCAAAAACCCACAGCAUAUGAUGAGAGUUUGAACAUAAACAACGCUAACCUGCUGACUCCACAAAGAAGGCUUACACACGUAUCACGUAGCAAUGACGGAGUGUCGUCGAACAAGAUUUCGUCGAGCGAAUUGUCCCCGUCAUUUAAGUACUGCUCAACGCCAGUCACAAAAAAGGCAGAAUCAUCGCAAAUGGAGACUAACUCGAUCUCGUCGAUUAGGUUUAAUCCGACGUCGCUUAUAUCACUGCCGUUCGGAUACAACAAUAACACGUUCACGAAGAUAAGGACAGAUGACGUUACGUACCCGUCAGUAUACAGGAAGGCGUCAAGAGUGUCCGAUGUAAAGGGUGAUAGAAGAUUUAAAAAGUUUCCGCUCUCAAUGUUCGGAUACGAAGGGGACGGAAACGAAGACCAUGGCUCAGAGAGCAACGACUCGACAUCGAAAUCGCACUUUUUGCACGAUUUUAAUAACGAAGGCUCCAAUAAGUCGGUGUACAACUUGAUGAUACAUAACGAUUAUUCGGCGAACCCGUAUAAGAGAAGGUACCACAGCUUGAUAAAUGAAAGGAGAAGACUGCUAUCGGGAGUAAACGGAGAUGCAGUGGAUCACAUAUCGCUGCCAGAUAGAAUGCCAAAAAGACAGAGGAAGACGACGCCGAAGCCAAGACAAAUAAUAAGCGAUGAAACGCUGGAAGAGGCGGAGCUGACGGAAGAGUUUCUGCUGAAGAAGCAGAAGCAGCUGAUAGCGUACUCGCUUCCAUCGCUGAGCGCAGAAGACCAAAGAUACAUAGAGAGCAUAGACGCGUCAAAUAAGCCAAUAGAAGAUGUUAUGCUGAAGGAGAUGAUUGAGAUGCUGACCCACUGUAUGUCCUUUAGCCAGAAUGUGUACAACGCACUGAAUGACCCGGAUGAGAGUGAUCAAACGAGGUUGUACAACGAGCACCUGUUUACGGAGGAGAACCUGUUGGAGCUAAGCACGAUGAUAAAGAGGGCCCUCUCAAGCGUGAACAACGAGUUGAUAGCACUGAAUUUUGUGAAGGGGAUGCUGAAGUCGGACUACGACAACAUUAACUCGGAAGAGAGUUACCAGCAGUUCAUAGACUACACGUAUAACGUUAAGAGACUGAAGAGGCUCUUCAGGCACGACCAGUACACGCUGAUCAACAGCUACAUCGACGAAAACUACUACGAAGACGUGGAGCAGACGAAGGAGAAUUACAUUCUGCUGACGAGUCCCUCAAUGGCGUUCUACAACGGACUGAGGUGCGUGAAGGGGCUCUGCACGACCUCGGACUACCUCUUCAAGAACAACGUCUUCACGGAGUGCGACUCGUGCUCAGGCUGCUACCUGUGGUCAGGAGACAAGAAGGAGUUCACGCAGAAGGGCUUUGGAACGGUGGGAGCGUGGACGCUCGACCACGGGCUGAUCUUUGACGUGAUGAACCAGAACAAGAAUAAGAUGCUGAGCUCGACGCUGAGGUUCGUCAACGACGUGUGCAAGGUGGCAAUAGCAGAGGUGCGCAUCCCGAAGCCGGAGUUCAGCGAGUUCACGGAGUACAACUGCGUUAACGGAUACUGCUGCAGCAAGUGCUGCACGUGCAGAAGGACCACGGACCAGGCGAAGAUGUACACGUCGACGCUGGAGCACGAGCCGGUGGAGGACAAGAUACUCAACUUCACAAUCGACACGAAAAUCGCAACGGUGGACCUGCUGAAAAACGUGAUGGGAAGCUGCUCGUGCUACUGCAAGUGCCACAACGACCCGGUGCACGUGCUCGACAGAGUGGUGAGCACGAGCUCGAACGUUAACGAGUGCUACAACGAGGCGAUAUCAUGGUACGACGUGGACGUGGCGAACAUAGCGACUGACACGUCGAGCUCUAGGCAGGGCAGCGAGCACAUAGUGCAGGAAAGGGUGAUUUUGAGAGUGAAGAUGGACUCGAUACCGCUGAGUUGGAAGCUGAAAAUGCCGUUUACGUGUAAGCUUGACAUAAAUUUGAACACGGACUCGAGUAAGAAUAAGCGGUUUGACAGCCAUGAUUCGUCGAACUACAGCAGUGCUGAAUUGAGUGGUAGUGUCGGCGUUAACGGCUUGAACAUCGUAAAUGCCACUGCUGCUGGCAAUGUUAAUGUUACUGCUAACAGUAACGAUGACAUGUUCACUGUUAACGGCAACCUUAAUGCUACUUCUAACGGUAACUGUAGUGCUACGGCAAACAUUAAUGUUAAUGCCACUCCUAACGUUAAUGUUAAUGCCACUCCUAACGGUAACUGUAGUGCUACGGCAAACAUUAAUGUUAAUGCUGCUGGUAAUGAUGACACGGGCACUGAUCAAGACGUGGCUCCAGUAACUUCAAGUAAGAUUAACAUAAAGAGUAUCUUUAAGUUUGGGAAUAAAUCAGACAAAACUAGUUCUAGAUCCAGUAGUAGACGUGGGAGUAGCAACAAGGAUGAAGCAAACAAUAAGGGCAGUGAAGCCGCAGAUGGAAGUCAAAACCCCAACAGUGAUCAGAGUAAAAUGGGUAAUGAGCAUCAGUUGAAAGCUACUGAUGGUGGGAAUGGAGUCAGUAUUGGUACGACAGUUAGCAAUGGUAACGGCGAUGGAAGCAACAGUAGCACUAGGUCGACGCCGAGAAAUAGAAGAAGAAAUAAGAAGUUCGACGUGGAGUGCUCACCAUUUAGCUCUUGGGAUUCAAAUAACUCGAGGAAAAGGGGAGGUGGAGGAAGUAGCAAAUUUAGCGAGUCAACAGGGCAAAGAGGAAAGGAAAAAUAUAGUACCACGAAUGGAGUGACUGACGCGUUUGGUGGAAAUUUAUUGAGAGGAGUUAGAGAUAAGUUGCAGCACGGAAGCCCGUUUUUUAGAAACAAGGGAGUGAGGAAUUUUAAGUUCCUGGAAGACUUCACAUUCUGGGACGCGCUGGACCUGCUGAAAAGUGAGAUGGUGUCACUGCACAACAACAUGAAGAAGGAAAGACAGUUAAGUAGAUCGACCGGGGUUUUUGACGGAAUGGAAAUAGACACCUCAGCAAUGAGUACGAAGACCCUCGUGUUGAACAAAGAGUCGUUCGCAACAGACUCGAAGGACUCCUACGUGGAGAUAGCACUGUACCUGCCGUACGUGCCCUCGCACAUACUGCCGUGGCAGUUCGUGUCAGUGGACCCUGCGGAGAUACUGAUGAACAGAAUGAACGUGGAGGAAGAAGGGGAGGAAGACGGAACAUCGAUGAGCACGUACGAAAAUAACAUGCUGAAGGAAUACAAAAUAGUGUCGAGGUCGUUCAAGAGAGUGGCGCACUUCAUGAAGAUGUGGAUCAACUCGAGAAACGAAAUAUUCGAAAACGAAAAGGAGCUUUACGAAAUGUAUAAGAGAAAGUGGCACAUUUACAUAAACUCGUUUGAUAGAAGUAAGGUGGACGUGUUCUCAUGGGGAGUGCUGCCAGUGAGAGCAAUUGACCUGCCAGACAAGUUCAUACCGCUGCCAGCAGGCUACAGGCACAACAACAUCAGCUACCCGUACAUCAACAACGAGACGAUAUCGCCCUUUCACAUACAAGGGUUCGGAAUAGCGGACAUAGUAUACAGAAAAAGAAGGUUCAGUCAGCUGACGCACACGGACGAGGCAGAAAAGAACGAGCUGCCGCUGCCAGGAACCUCAAGGCACAGAGACCCGCAGCUGGGAAGAAGGAAGACAAUGGAAGACGCAGUGACGAGCAAGGUGGCGGAGCCUGACACGCAGGCGAGGUCAAACGCAUACCUGAUGCCAGUAUUCAGUAACCUCACGGGGCCGAGCGUGAGGUGGACGCAGUGCCUGAUGGACGGCCCGAAGGAGCCGCUCGAGUGGAUACCGGACUUCAAGGCGAUGCCGAUCUACAGGGUGAUGAAGUGCCCGGAAAUGAACUUCUACACGCUCGACGCGCUGGUGGUCUACGACAGGAAAAACGUGGUCUCGGAGGAGGAGCUGCUGGAAGAUGAGCUUAACUACAGAGUCGCGCAGGUGUGGUCGAUGGCGGAGGUGAAGACGUUCGUGGAAAAGUACCUCAUGUACCCGAAAAACUUCUCGAAGAUCGCGCAGUUUCUGGAAAAUAAAAAGUGCGGAGACUGCGUGGAGUUCUACUACAGGUUCAAGUACAGGCUGAAGCUGAAGCAGAGGGUGGAGGAGCUGCGCACGAGAAUCAGGUCGAAGAUCGACAUGACGAAGAACCUGAAGAGAGAAGCCUCAAUCAUGAGCUCGCUCGACGACAUCAUGGACGACUGCAACACGGACAUCGUGAGGGAGUUCAACAGCAGGAACCAAAUGGCCUUCACGGCGCUCUCGGACUACCUGCUGCGCUGCGGCUCGCUGGACUCCGCGCAGGAGUACUACGUGAAGUACACGCAGCACCAGGAGCCGCAGACGUCAGACGACGACUACCAGUACACGCUCGACAACAUAGCCGAGGGCUACUUCCUACCCUCAAAGUACCUCUCGAUGACGACGAGGAAGACGGUGGAGUACACGGCCUCGGCGCUGCCGGGCGACCACACAGUGGAGUCGAAGAAGGGCUGCUUCAUAUUCGACUACUCGGAGCAGGGAGAGGGAGAUAAGAUCGACGCGCACAGCGACUUGGCGAAGUCGUUCGUGGUCUCCCUGAACUUCGAGUCAUUCGUCAACACGCGCUGCAGGGGCCUGAAGAAGACGACGCUCUCGAACAUAGACAGGAUUCUGUACAACUACGAGAGGCCGGCCGAGUUCUACCAGGGCGGAGCGGGGGAGAAGCCGGCGCCAUUGGGAGGAGCGAGUCUGGACAGGCCGGCCGAGUUUGCGAGGGGCAGAGACGAGAGGGGGUACCUCGAGCUUGCGCCGAACUACGGAUAUGACACGAACCCGGGGAUGCUGACGCGCAAGAAGGUGAUCAGCCAGCUGAAGUACGGAUACGAGUCCCCAAGGUACUCGAAGCAGCCGCCGCGGCCGCGGGCGAAGAAGAAGCCGAGCAAGUGGACGAUCGAGGAGAAGAUGACGUACAGGGCGGCCUUCAGAGAGCACGGAAAGGACUGGGCCAAAUUGUACGACGCAAUGGCGCCUUACGGCAAGUCGCUGGACCAGAUAAAGAACUUCUACCACAAAAACAACUUUAAGAUGAAAACGGACGAGUCUGAGUAG